AUGAGCUUCCUCGCUCCGUCGCCGCCGCCGCCGUCGCUCAAGGCAGCCGCGGGCGUUCCGGCGGCCGGAAUCAGCAUCCCGUGGCCGCGGCAGCGAUUGGAUGGUCUCCGUUUGCGAGCAGCCCCAGCAAGUCUUCCUCGGCUGGCAUCAGUGCAAAGCGCGGUGCUGGACAUCGAGGGCACGACGAGCCCUAUCUCGUUCGUGACGGACGUGCUCUUCCCCUACGCCCGCGACAACGUCCGCAAGCACCUGGACGCCACCUACGGCACCCACGAGACCAACGACGACAUCGCCCUGCUGCGCGCUCAGGUCGAGCAGGACCUAGCCGAGGGCGUCGCCGGCGCCGUCCCGGUUCCGCCGGACGAGGCUGGAAAGGACAGCGUCAUCGACGCUCGGGUCGCCAACGGCCACAUCUGGAGGACUGGGUUCGAGGGCCAAGAAAUCAAGGGAGUGGUGUUCGAUGACGUGCCACCAGCUCUCGAGAAGUGGCACGCGAGCGGCAUCAAGACAUACAUAUAUUCCAGUGGUAGCAGAGAAGCCCAGAGGCUUAUUUUCGGGAACACUACCUACGGCGACCUUAGAAAGCACCUGUGUGGAUUUUUUGACACGACAAUUGGAACCAAGAGAGAAGCUCACAGCUACUACGAAAUCUGGCAGUCCGUUGGGGUAGAUCGGCCGUCUCAGAUUUUGUUCUUGACAGAUGUGUAUCAAGAAGCCACAGCAGCACAGGCCGCAGGCCUUGAGGUACUAAUAUCUAUCAGACCUGGAAAUGCGCCACCCCCUGAAAACCAUGGGUUUGAGACAAUCAAGUCAUUUGCUGAAAUCUUGACAUGA